AUGUCUAGAUUCGGGGGCUUUGGUAGAGGUGGGCCAAGGUUUGGUGCAGAUCCCUAUAGACAAGAUGCUCAUUGGCAAGUUGGUUCAGGAGUAGGAGGAUGGCCCAGAUCUGGAUGGGGACGUGGUGGCUCUGGUUCACAGGACAAUAGACAACCAAGGCCACGAUUUUCAUCAAGAAAUAAUAAAUAUGAGCCAAGAUUUUCUGGUAACAAUAACAAUGCCAGUCCUCGUCCAUUGCUUGGUAGCUCACCUUCAACGUUAUUAAAAAGUGUAAAAACAUCCACUGCCGAAACUGGCGGUACUGUCACAGGUGUUGGCAACAAGAGAGGAACAGAAUCAUCAAAUUCCACACAAGAAGCAGCAGGUCAAAAAACAAAACCAUUAGCAGUCAAAUCUGGAUUACUACCGACACCAAAUAUAUCAACAGCUGACACUAAAUUGAAUAGUCCUAUAUCGAAUAACGGUGAUUCAAGUGCUCGGUCUAAAUCAGCUGCUCCACCAACAACAACCACAAGCAUCAAAUCAUCUUCAAGUAGUAUAACACCAACAAAAAGUAUUCUGAAGGUCAGUUCCUCCACAUCCAUAUCCAAGUCAUCACCAUCCACUACUGCAGUUUCAACUAAUAGCAAUGUUAAAGCUAGCACUGGUCAACUAGAAAUAGAAAAAUCAUCCUCAUCAGAGGAAGAUGACAACUAUUGUUCUUUUUGUAAGAUUAAAUUCACAUCAUCUGAGAAUUAUACUAAACACACCAGAGGUUUGAUGCAUACACAGAAAGUUAUGGAGGUAGAAAACGGCAAAAAAGAAUGUAAAGAAGAACCCGAAAGUUCUAAAGAUUUCUCAACACCAUCUGGCAGGAGUUCACAAUCUUUCAUAAAGCAAAAACCGAAAAAUACUCCUACCCCAAAGAUCAGAACUGAAAAUAUUAAACUUAAGAGUAUAUUUGACCAUAAACCAAAUGUAAACCAGAAAGAAGACUAUGGUUAUGGUGAUGAUAGAAACUAUCAGGGACAAGAUCAAGAGUUUUUUUAUGAUAAGGAUCCUGCUUUAGCUAAAUAUGGGUUAUCAAAAGAACUAUUGGAUACGGCUAACCUAGAGCCUGUUAUUAAACCACCUAAAGAGAGAGAUCUCAAUCCUGAAGAAUGUGGCAAGAAACGAUUUCAUACUGAUUACCAUUGUAAGCUAUGCAAUGUGAAAUGUACUGGUGCCCAGAGUUUUCAGGCUCAUUUAGCUGGCAAUAAACAUUCUACAAAUGUAGACAAUUAUUAUACGACAGGUAAAUCUACUGUAAAACGAACUGAUGUUUCAUUGGUACCAUGUAAUAGAAAAUCUUUAACUAAAGAACUAACUAGUAUUAAUACAGAACCUAUUGUUGGUUUAAGUUAUGUCACUGAAUUCCAUAAAGAAGAUGCUAAAGCAGUAGUUAACUGUGUUUGUAAUUUAUGUGAAUCCAAAUGUGAUGAACAUACCAUUGUUCCCCAUUUACUGGGAAGUAGACAUCGGCUUAAUUAUAUGAAAGAACAUCAUAUUGAGUUCCAUGAUCAUUGUAAGAAGUAUGGUGGUAAAAAGAACCAGACUCAGUAUAUUGCCGAGUUGACUGCAGAUAUAGAGAAAAUUGAUGGAAAAGGUGAACCUGCUGUUAAGAUGUGUGUAGAGGAGAAAUUUGUUGAAGAAAUUUAUGCUUCAGAGACACUACUUACUACAAGACGACCUCCAUUGUUAAAAAGACCAGGUCCAGCUGGUGAUAAACUUGAGGGUGCAAAAAGAAAUAAAUUUGAAGCUUAUGAUGAAUCAGAAAAUUACCAAAGUGAAGAGUAUGGUGAUUAUGGUGGCUAUAAUGAACCUAUGAAGAAGGGAUCAAGACAUCAUGAUGCAGUACCAUCAAAUGAUUUCCGAGAAGAUUAUGGUGAUGAACAAUAUGGCCAAGACCAUUAUGGCAAUGAAGAGUAUGGUUCAGGACAGUAUGGUGGUGAUCAAUAUAGUAAUAAACAAUAUGACCCGGAUAGCAAUGAAAAGUAUUGUAAUGAUCAGUAUACCAAUGACCAGUUUGGUGUAGACCGUUAUGUCAGUGAUGGUAUGAGAAGAGAUGAAUAUCCACAUGGAAGAGGUGAAAGAGAAGAAGAAAAAGAUAGAUUCAGUCAAGAAGGUUAUCUUACUAAAGAAGACAUUUACAGAAUGGAUCCUUACAGUGAACACUCUAAUGAUGGUUACCCCAGUACAGAACUAAUUGUCAAGGAAUAUGGUCAUGCUAAGGAAGCUCCUAGAUCUUUGAUGGAUGACUUUCUUAAAAGUGAAGAACCCUUACUUGAUGAAUUUCCCCAAAGUAGGGAUCGAACAUAUGGCGGCUACUCCAAGUUCAAAGAACCAUUGAUUAGAAAUCCACCAUUAUUAGGCAGGGAUCCUGAACCUCUACUUAAAGAUCUUCCAAUACUUAAAGAACCUCUGUUAAAGAACCCACCCGUAUCUAGAGAACCAUUAAUGAAUCUGCCAUUUAGUGGACCAGUACGUCAACCUUUGUUACAAAGUCCAGAAGGUGAAUAUGGUCAAGGUAGAUCAUGGGAUAAUACUGACACACAGCAAUCUCACAUAUCCAGAUCAUGGGAUAAUGGCGGUGUACAGCAAUCUCACAGAUCCACUUCAUGGGAUAAAGACAGCACACAGCCAUCUCAGAAUUCCCAAAGUGACUACAGUUAUUCAGGACAUAACAACUACCGACCUCCUUACAAAGAUAGUUCUGCGGAUAGAUACAGUGGCUAUCUUGAGUUACCAAAUGAUCCACCAGUACCACCUGUUCCACAAGAAGCUCCACCUCUGCCAUCUAAAUCAUACGAAGAAGAAUUAGCUGAAAGACAGCGAGAAGAAAAGCUAAUUGAAGAAAGAAUUGAGAAGGAGGUGCAGAAUAGAUUACAGAAUAUUCUAAGUAUGAAGAAACCAGAUCCCGAUAGGAAAUCCAGUAGAUCAGGAGGAAUGAGUGAUAUGAGUGUUUUAAUGCAGUCUUUGUCCAAUUCCUUGAUUUCCAAUGAAGAUGAAGCUGAAAUGGCAUUACAAGUAUCUAACGCCUUGACACAAGCUUUAUUAAAAUAUCGACUUAAAACAUUGCCACCAGAGAUGGUAAAAGAUGCAUUACCUAACUAUGGUGAAAUAGUCAGUCAGUUGGAUGUUUCUCAAUCUCCAGCAUCAUCAAAAUCCUUGAAAUCAACACCAGCCACACCAGACACUUCAUAUCUACACAAUCAGAAUAUUCCUGGUUUGAUGUCCACAAGCCAAUGGCCAGUUUCCUCCAAUGCUGCACAGAUGCCAAUGCAAGUUGACCAGUAUAAUAUCAUGUCUCAAUGGCCACAAAUGGUACAACCAGACAAUCAGCUGGCCACCCUACAGCAGCCUUUACAAUCGCAAUAUAUGCAACAACAGAUUACUCCCCAAUCUUUAAUGUCCCAACAAACAUCUUCUGCUUCACAACCACUCAUCAUACCAUCACCUCCAGCACAGCUCGUACAUCAUGCAAUGGGUUAUUCUAAGAAAAAACAGUCUAAUCCUCAGAAUGAGCAACAAUUUAUGUCACCAUCUUCAUCAACUCCUCAAAUGGUACCACCUAUAUCUGAAAAUGUUUCUGGUGCUAGUAAUCUUGGUUCUGUUUCUAAAAGUUAUUACAGUGAUGUUCCCCCUGAAUAUCUCCAUCAUAGAUUACUCCAAGGACCACCAAGUGUUUCUCGACCACAGCGUAGACCUUGAGUAUAGUUUAUACCACACUACAUGUCUAUUGUGAUUUUCUAGUCCAAGAAGGGCCCGUUUUUAGAUGGAUUCAAAAUACGCUAUGGCUUGGUGCUUGAUUUGGUGUAACGUGGAAGAUGUUAAUAUUUGGUGUUAUGUAUCAAUGAUGAGAUGAUACUGUAGGUUGAUGAAAUGAAUUUUGUAUCCAGAAAACCAAAAUGGAGCAGAAAAGUAACCUAUAUAAUUAUAAGGUUAAUACCAAAUUUUACCAUUUUUAUUUGUAUAACUAUUAAUUAAAAAAUGUCAUCAAA